AUGGUUCCUCACACUGAGGACAAGGUUCCUCACACUGAGAACAAGGUUCCUCACUCUGAAGACAUGGUUCCACACACUGAGGAAAAGGUUCCUCACCCUGAUGACAAGGUUACUCACACUGAGGACAAGGUUCCUCACUCUGAGGACAAAGUUCUUCACUCUCAGGACAAGGUUCCUCACUCUGAAGGCAGGUUCCUAACUCUGAAGACAAGGUUCUUCACUCUCAGGACAAGGUUCCUCACUCUGAAGGCAGGUUCCUCACUCUGAAGACAAGGUUCCUCACUCUGAGGACAAGGUUCCUCACUCUGAAGGCAGGUUUCUCACUCUGAGGACAUGAUUCCUCACUCUGAGGACAUGGUUCCUCACAUUGAGGACAAGGUUCCUCACAGUGAGGACAAUGUUCCUCACUCUGACGACAAGGUUCCUCACACUGAGAACAAGGUUCCUCACUCGGAAGACCAGGUUCCUCACUCUAGGACAAGGUUCCUUACUCUGAGGACAAGGUUCCUCACUCUGAGAACAAGGUUCCUCAGUCUGAGGAGAGGGAUCCUCCCACUGAGGAAAAGCUUCCUCACUCUGAGAAGAAGGUUCCCCACUCUGAAGACAAGGUUCCACACUCUGAGGACAAGGUUCCUCAGUCUGAGGACAAGGUUCCUCCCUCUGAGGACAAGGUUCCUCACUCUGAGGACUGGUUUCCUCACUCUGAGGACAAGGCUCCUCACUCUGAAGGCAGGUUCCUCACUCUGAGGACAUGGUUCCUCACUCUGAGGACAAGGCUCCUCACCCUGACGACAUGGUUCCUCACACUGAGGACAAGGUUCCUCACUCUGAGGACAAGGUUCCUCACUCUGAGGACAAGGUUCCUCACCCUGAAGGCAGGUUGCUCACAAUGAGGACAACGUUCCUCACUCUGAAGGCAGGUCCUCACUCUGAGGACAUCGUUCCUCACUCUGAGGACAAGGUUUGUCACUCUGAAGAAAAGGUUCUUCAAUCUGAAGGCUGGUUCCUCACUCUGAGGACAAGGUUCCCCACUCUGAAGGCAGGUUCCUCACUCUGAGGACAUGGUUCCUCACUCUGAGGACAAGGUUCCUCACUCUGAGGACAAGGCUCCUCACCCUCAGGACAUGGUUCCUCACACUGAGGACAAGGUUCCUCACUCUGAGGACAAGGUUCCUAACUCUGAGGACAAGGUUCCUCACCCUGAAGGCAGGUUGCUCACAAUGAGGACAACGUUCCUCACUCUGAAGGCAGGUUCCUCACUCUGAGGACAUCGUUCCUUACUCUGAGGACAAGGUUUGUCACUCUGAGGAAAAGGUUCUUCAAUCUGAAGGCUGGUUCCUCACUCUGAGGACAAGGUUCCCCACUCUGAAGGCAGGUUCCUCACUCUGAGGACAUGGUUCCUCACUCUGAGGACAAGGUUCCUCACUCUGAGGACAAGGCUCCUCACCCUCAGGACAUGGUUCCUCACACUGAGGACAAGGUUCCUCACUCUGAGGACAAGGUUCCUAACUCUGAGGACAAGGUUCCUCACCCUGAAGGCAGGUUGCUCACAAUGAGGACAACAUUCCUCACUCUGAAGGCAGGUUCCUCACUCUGAGGACAUCGUUCCUCACUCUGAGGACAAGGUUUGUCACUCUGAGGAAAAGGUUCUUCAAUCUGAAGGCUGGUUCCUCACUCUGAGGACAAGGUUCCUCACUGUGAGGACAACGUUCCUCCCUCUGAGGAAAAGGGUCCUCACUCUGACGACAAGGUUCCUCACUCUGAAGGCAAGUUCCUCGCACCGAGGACAACGUUCCUCACUCUGAGGACAAGGUUCCUCACUCUGAGGACGCUUCGUUCCUCACUCUGAGGACAAGGUCCCUCACUCUGAGGACAAGAUUCCUCACUAUGAGGAGAAGAUUCCUCACUCUGAGGACAAGGUUCCUCAUUCUGAGGACUGA